AUGCCGUUUUCCGGCGCAAGGGCAGGACUGCGCACGGUUGCCUUCACGCUCUGCGCAGCCCUAGUCGAAGCAAAAUACCCCUUCUCCUCAGACGCCCCCAAAGCAACUCUUCGCGAUGAAGACUCCGUGUCAUUCGACCCGCUCGGCGUGGCGGCCGUGCUGGGAAACCCGCGCGCUGAUGCAAGCGCUGCAAAGCUCUACGUGCAAUUCGACAAGGACACCUUCCACUGGCCGCACUCGAGCAUGGUCGGGGGCACGUUGCCCGCAAUCCAGAUGCUCGUCGAGUACUUCACCUCGGGACUGCCAUCGCAGUCGCUCUCGCCGCCCAUCAAGAUGUGUGCGAAGUACAUCACCAUGAUCCCCGUCCGCUCAAGCUUCGUCUUCAAGGAGCUGCCGCUCGAUUUCACUAAUGUGUGGAUGAGCCCCCUCAUCUCUUUCCGCUCGGGGGACGUCAAUCCCGUGCGACAAUCUGGCGCUUGA